AUGAUUACCCAUGCUGAGGCAUGGUUGAGACAGGCUCAGGAUUUUGCUAGCGAGCAGGUCAGAGCAGAUCUGUGCAAUGGGCAGUGCCUGCUGCCUCGUGCUCCUGCAGGACAGAGCUGGCAUUCCCUGUGGGCACUUUGCUGCUGUGAGGAUGGGAAUGAAGAGGCGCUUCCAUCUGACCUCCUGGUCUGUUCCAAUGUUGAUGUGAAAAAUGCUCUGACCUUCAGUGGGCCUUUGGAAGACAUGUUUGGGUACACAGUCCAGCAGUAUGAAAAUGAGGAAGGAAAAUGGGUACUUAUUGGUUCACCAUUAGUUGGCCAACCUGAGAAAAGAACAGGAGAUGUAUACAAAUGCCCUGUAGGAAGGGACAACCAAUCACCCUGCAUAAAACUGAACCUACCAGCAUCUACUUCAGUUCCUAACGUCGUGGAAGUAAAGGAAAACAUGACACUUGGAACAACCUUAGUGACUAACCCAAAAGGAGGCUUUCUGGCAUGUGGGCCACUUUAUGCUUAUAAAUGUGGGCGUUUGCAUUACACAACUGGAGUUUGCUCUAAUGUAACCUCCACUUUUGAAACUGUCGAGGCGAUUGCUCCAUCUGUGCAAGAGUGUAAAACCCAGCUGGACAUCGUCAUUGUCCUCGAUGGGUCCAACAGCAUUUAUCCAUGGGAGAGUGUCACAGCCUUCCUAAACAGCCUCCUGAAAAACAUGGAUAUUGGUCCUCAGCAAACACAGGUUGGAAUUGUUCAGUACGGACAGACUGUAGUCCAUGAAUUUUUCCUGAAUACAUACUCGACAACAGAAGACGUGAUGGCUGCAGCCACAAGAAUACGCCAGCGGGGUGGCACACAAACUAUGACAGCCCUGGGAAUAGAUACAGCAAG